CUAAGUGCACGCAGCUCAUGAGAGGCUGUCGGAUCGGAGUACUUUUUGAUUAAUUAAUUAGCUGCAUUCAAAAUGGCCCAUAAAUCUUGCGGCGCAAAGACAGGGCGACCUCUUGGUCAAGGAGUCCGUCCUCUUGGCCAGGCUUGUCCGGCUAUAAAUGGCAGCGGCACUUGUGUAACGGUAAUUAGUUGACCACUCAAGUGACCAUCAUGCACAUCACACUAGUUUGCCUCGUAUUCACCUGGGGCCUGGGCCACAGUCACGCAGCCACCACAAUCCUGCAUGGCAACGGCCAAGUGGCCAGUGCCGUUUCCCACCAGAGCUUCACCAGAUUGUCGUCAGCGGAGCCCCUAAUCCUCCAGUCCCCAAAGCAACAGGUCGUUCCCUCAGCGCGGAUUGUCAACCACCACCACAGAGAAGUGGAGCGGCAACAGGUCGAGAGGUUCUUCCAGGCGACGCAGGAGCAGGAAAAGGAGGAGCAGCUGCCCCCCAUCUCCAGUCAGACACCCGCCCACCUCACCUACGCCGCCCAUCCGGUGGUGCACCAGAUGCUGCCCAGGAUUAAGCCCGUGCGGAACAUUAGCUUCGACUCCCUCGUUCCAGGACCUCGCAGCCUGGCCACCAACCUAAACUUGUCACCAGUUUAGAAUGCGAAAUAUGGUAUUUCACUUCGAAACUAAUACCACAUAAGUUUGUAUUAAAUACAAUUAAAUACCCCAUCAUAAUCUGCAAGAAGAAAUAUUAUAAUUUCCUCCAUUUUGCUAUUAAAAAAAAACAAGUAUUAAAUUUA